CACCACUAAAUGCGUCAAACUCAACACACCCGCAACGCCUGGUCAAUUUCUCAAUUCGUAGUUUCAGUUUUCUUCAAUACGUCAUGCCGUUUACUGCGCAGCUCGAGUGUUGUUAAAAAAUUCUUUAAAAAAUAAGUAGUGCAAAAAACAGACGCGGCAACAACAAACACAACCACCCACAAAUGCAAUGUUUGAAAGAUUUAUGAAAAUUCAAUAUAAACGUGCGUGUGUGUGUUGAAAAAGUUAGAUUGUGUGCAGAAAUAAAAGUGUAAUAAAAAUUGAAAUGGCAAAAUCUGCCAGCGGUAAAUGUUAUUAAAACCCAGGCCAGGCAAUUAGCAUUACCAAGCGUUAAAUAAAAUAGUGCUUUGCAAAUACCUAAAGCAUCAGCCGCAGGCAGCUUUUAACUGUUACUACUAACUUGCUGCUCCAAUUACUCGCCGGUGUAGUUGUAACGCGUAGCAACGAGCAAUUCGGCUUCGGAACAAUGACAACCACAACGCAGCUGGACAGCAGCACAAACGCUGGUGGCUUGGACAAUGGGAAUAAUGUUGCUAACGUUGCGGUCAGUUCGACGACGCACAGCUCCAUGGCCACGGCUGGACAUAAGAACGUGAGCGGCAAUCAGCUGGGAGGCGGGAACGGUGCAGGUGCAGGUGGAGUGGCCGCUGGAGGAGCGACAGGUGUGGGCGGCAUGCUGGGCCCGCAAAAAGGCUUGGAGAACACCAAACGUAAGAAGUUAAAAUCGCGCAGUGCGGCAUCCACAACAUCCUCAUCGUUGCCGCAUAGCAACACGCAUAAGAGCAGCAGCAACAAUGGCAGCACAGCCAACUAUUCCAAGGAUCAUCUAGAUGCCUGGCUGGAGAAUUGUCUGAGGGAUGCAACGAACGCGCAACUCUCAUCUUCAUCGGAAUUUCUUGACUUCACGCCAACCAACAACAAACAACAUUUUGUGGCGCAAGCGCAAACAACACAGCAACAACAACAGCAGCAGCAGCAACAACAACAGCAGUCCCAAGUUGCGCCGCAACAGCAACAGCAGCAGCAACAACAACAACACAUGCCAAAUAUGCACAACUUUCAAGCGGCAACAAGCUAUGUGCCCCAACAGCAACAGCAACAGCAGCAACAACAAAAUCAGCAACAUCAGCAAUUUCUUAUGCGUUCCCACUCUCAACCUUAUAAUAUGGGCCUCAGUGGGGCAGCCUCACCCUUCAGCCUGGGCAUUCAGCGCCACGCGCCCAACUAUGCGAAGCACUCACAGGCUUUAAGCCAUCGCUACCCCAUGCUCUUUCCGCCCCCGGGCAACGGGUAUGCGAGUGGAUUUGGUGUGACGCACGGCGAUGGCACGCAGGACUUUGCCAGUCUUCCGCCGCUGGUCAAUAUGAUGGGCGGUUUCAAUGGCGGGUCCGAACACGAACAAAACUCCACGGAUGUCCUAGAUGGCAGUGGCAGUAAUCCAAACAUCAGCAGAGGUUUCAGAUUCAGCGAUCCCUGCCUACUCAAUCCCUCGGAUAACGACUCUAAGCUAAGCGGCCAAAAUACGCCCGAUCGUCGCAAUUGCAGCAAUGAAUUGGAGCAGCAAAAUAAAUUCUUUUCCGCACUCAUGGAGCAAAUAAACAUUCUACAUGAGACCAACUCGAAGAUCUGUCGAAAUUUGCACGAAACGAAAGUUGAUAUCGAAGCUUUAAAGCACGCGCCCAACAGCCAGCAAUGGGGUGGGGGCAUGCGGCACCGUAGAGAUAGCUUGAGCGGAUUAAGCACACAAAGUCAACCAUUGGUAUUUGGCGGUGGAUUUGGCACGCACAGCCCAGCGCCCACUUUUCAUUCAGGCGCAGGCGCCUAUACACCCGGCAUGAUGACCGAUGUAGUUCGCGAGGUCAAGGAAGCGGCGCGUGUGCGCGAGGAUGCACUUCUUAAUCGCGUCAAAUCUAUGGUAGAGGAACGGCAAUGGUCAAUGAACGAGGGCAACGUGCGCAUCUUACGUGACAUCGACGAGCUAAAGACGCACGUGCUGCAGCUGCGCCUAGAGCGGAAGGAGACAAACAAACGUUUGAACCAUCUGGAGGCGGAAAACAAAUAUUUGCGGCAGGCAUUAGCCUCUUGCUAUAACAACCGCACGCCACAGCACGAUAUCAUCUAUGAGAACGAGCGGGCGCAGCGAACCCGGAAACCCUUUCCCAAUGGCAGUGGAGCGCGACGUGCGCAUUCCUUUAACUUACAUUAUGGCACAGUGCAUCAGACGCCGGCGCAAGCCACACACUCGCUGGAUGAAGACGAUGAGGUGGAGCUGGAGUUGGAAGAGAAGCAACAGCUGCCUGAUGCCCUGGACGACGAGGAAGCCAGCAGUGAGCUGCAACGCUCCGCGGCUGGUUCUGCAAAGCGUCAUUCAGUUUCCAGCAUUGAGUCCCGAAGCAAUGGUCUGACAACUCCUCAACAGCAGCCGCAAACCCCGCCCAAUUUUGCUUUGAUGUCGCCACCAACAAAUGAGCAGGCAACGCCGCCACCGCUACUGCCGCGAAAAAAGGAGCACGCCCAGUUAAAGCGCGAACUUCAAGAAGCGUCUGCCGCACGUAAGGAGGCCAAUCAACGUAUCAUAGCACUCGAAAAAUUGGUUACAGACCUAAGUCUCGCCGUGACGAAUGCAACAGCUAACAACCUAACAAAUGGCGGACGCGAGCUUCAGGAGCAUAAUAAUGUUGGUGUAGGUCAUGCAAUGCACUCUCAAAAUCAAGCCAAUUGGAUUCCACGUAGUACGGCAGCCAUAGCAGCGACGUCGGGUUCAAAGUUCAGCGUGGCCGGCGGACCCAUCACGGACUUAUAGUUUUAGCUAGCAGCUUGCGACCCCAAGUCUCAACCAAAGGUUCCGCAGCUGGUCACCAAAGUGCGCGUUACUCACUUAUAGCAAAAGGAUCAAGGACGACCUCAACGGCGUUUGCACACAUUUCGUUUCAAAAUUAUUUAUAACUCAUUAACAUUUGCAUAGCAUCACCACUCUCCCAUAUAUUUCAUAAUUGUGUAUUUUUGUUUCGUAUGUAACCCAAAAAAAGAGGCCAAAUGUUUCCCCCCGAUCCAUCCAACAUCAUUGUAGAACAAUCCUAAUCUAUUGACUCUUCAAGAACUUAAAACAUUAAGGUUUUUUAAAAUGUUUACUAAUAUAUGGGUAGCACAAUAUUCAUUUGAACAAAAGAAAACUGUGAAUCAUCUUGUAACUUGUACUAAACAGCUCCUAAAGAUCGUGAAGGACAUUUGAACUAAUUAAGAAUCUAGCGAAAAUCGUGUACCUAGCAAAGAACAAAAAUAAUAUGUCCUAACAUAUAAAAAUGAAAGUCUUUCAUAAAUUCAAAUUGUUAAAACAAAUUAUGUAUUUUUUUGAGAAGCGAUUGUCAAACUUAUAUAUAUUACACAUAUAGUAUCUGUACAUGUCAAAAUGUAAAGUACACGCUUUGAAAUCGAAGCUCUAUUGAUAAUGUGCUCACUCAACUGAUAAAAAGAAAACAAAUUAUUUCGUUUCGUAUUUCGUUGUUCCUGGUAUUUCUCUGAGGGUAUACAAGGAUAAUUUGUAAAUCCUUUUGUAUACCAUUAAAAGUCGCUUUAUGUUUUAUGUAAGGCUUUUUAUUAAAAAGAAAACAGAUUUUUAUCAGCACUGAUAAUACGUUCGUCCUUUUUAAAUUCGCCGAAAAAUUACAUACAUAUGCGUCUUAUCGAGUGUUCACAUUAGCGAAUGAUAGUUUUCGAAGCGCAUGCAUUACACUAAUAAUUUUAAUAUAUUAAACGUAUUGUUAAGUGCCAUUUGAUUU